UACAUCUUAAUACUUUACAAAGACAUUAUGCCUAAACCAGUAACCAUUCUAGGCGGUCUUAUAGUAGUGUCUGCUAUUACUUAUAAAAUUCGAGAAGAUAGGAAGAACGAAACUCGUCUUGGUCAACAACAAUUACCUUCAUCUAUUGAUAGUGGUCUUGAAAAAGAAGUGGAUAUGAUUCAACGUUCUUUGGAGAACUCUCAAACUUAUAUUAAACAACGAUUAAUUCCUUCAGUCAAAGCAAGUUGGAAUGAACAUGUUACAAACGCCACUCAUGCCAUGAUCAAGUCUGACCUCCCUACUCAAGCAGGUCGACUUUGGAAUAAGCACGUACUUGGUCAUUCAGAUAGUAAAUAGUUUUAAAUUGUAGAUAGUUUAGAAUUCAAUAAAGUUAAUUGUAUGUUUUUUUUUUUUGUAUACCAUUGAA